GCCGAUGCGAGCGAACGAAGGGUGUGAGGUGUGAGGUCACCCAGGUAUUAUGGAUGACUGGCCCGAGUGCAAGUGAUGACGAUUUUGUCGUUGUGUCUGCGUGCGAGUGAGAAGAUGAGACACAUUCUAGAGCAGCCACGGCACAGAUGAAAGACUGCUCUGUGGUCGGGUUGGGUGCUGUUUGGCUUUCGAAUGCUGUCAAGGACAUGAGGUUGAUCGAAAGAGACGUGGACUGACACACGGUUAGUGACAGUGACAGCUUGAUGGGCCCGUCGAGAGGAGGACGUGAUCUGCGAGGCGUAUCUCAUGCAAAGUGAUCACCUGGUAGAAGUAUGGCUCAGGCUGUGUGUUUGCCGACACUGGACUGCUGGGCUAGUACAGGGAGGUACCCAGGUAGACAGACGACUGCGUGGCAAUUGUGCUGUAGGCUUGACUAGAGGGUGAGGAAGACGAUGAUGGAAGGUGAUCAAGGGGCUGUAUUAGGUACUUGAGGAUGUUCUUUUGGUGUGAGCAACUUGAGGUUCCCGUCGACAUGCAUGUAUGUAGAGAACCGCAGGCUGUGCACCAGGCCAGUGAGUGAGCGUACUUACCAGGUAUACUACAAGGCACAAGGUACCUGACAGUACCUUGCUACUAGUAGUGCUGGGCGCCUGCAGUGGUGCUCUGGGCGGCCCGGUGGCUAUUCUGCGGGAUCCCUAAGAGCCUCUUUCAAAGCAGGCUCCGCAGUCCCCGUCAACACCACCACCACCACCACCACCACCGAGAAAUCACACUUUCACGGCCAGUGCUGUCAGCCUCAUCUCGCCUCGUCUGCCUUUCCCGCAAACUUGUCCCAUUCUGGGUUGGUUGGCUCCAUUGAUCACCCUGGUGUUCCUGCAUUCCGGCCCCCCUUUGGCGUCGAAAUCGAGCCGGCGCCAUGGAUACACCAGUACCGCAACCCCUUCUGCAGGGCGAAGGGCCAAAACUAGAGUUGUAAAAGCAUGGGGGUCGUUCUCUUGACGAACUCUAGUUGCCGGAGGCCGAUGUCCGUGGGUACGAAGGAGCGCAUACCAAUUUCUUGCUAAACAUCUCGAGCCGGUGCUUGUCACUUCUAGCCGGCCGAAGACCAAGGGCGCCGUAAACCAAAGCCGUCAUCUUGCGCGAACCCGUGCACUCAAGUUUGGGCCUUUUUUUCCAUAGUCACUCUCUUUCUGCACGCGUCUCGUUAUACAGACUGGCAGAUCCAAACGCCCGAAGCGACGACACCAUUGAUAUCUGCGCAGGAUGGCCACAGUCAUGGCGCCCGUCGAGUUACCUACAGGACGACGGUCCUACUACCACAAUCCUCUACCUGGCCCAGAUAUUCAUGACCCGAAUUGGAUACCGGUGCUGGAUACCGGCGCCCUCAACUCGACCUUGGACAGAGAUACACCUGCGUUUCCUCCUGCCUCAUUCUCCCUAUUUCCCAACCAGCCUAGCCCGACGAGCUCGCCCAAACCGCGUGCUGGUAUCUCUCACAACUAUUCCAAGAGUUCCCUGGCGCCCGAGAGCGUGACCUCCGAUUCAACGACACAGACCACCCAAGACAACGUUGAUUCAUUACCCAAAACCGGUUCGGGGGACCUCAGGCAGCCCGCCAAGACCGGGCCGGAUGGAAGUCAUGGUCGCUCAUCAUCGGCAGAAGGAAGACCUGGUGAUGAGAAGACGACGGCGGACAGACAGACUCCAGGGGGUGCUGCUCCAGGCCCGAGCGCAGAAGGAUCCGCGAGUAGCCCAGGCGAAGGAGAGCUGACCAGACCAAGUGCUGUAUUCAUGCAGCACGAAUCGGUGCAGCUCGAUGCGUCUGCUCGUUCGUCCAUGACCUCUACGCGCAGACCUGCGGUCCUCCCGCCCACAUCUAAAUACAAUCGCAAGCCUGUGGCGUCAAUUUCGGCUUCAAUACGGCCAUCCUUCGUUCCCAGUCUUCCUCAGACGCCCCAAGACUCACCUCGUCUGGGUCCCAGUGCGUCGGUCCCCGCCCUUCCAUCCCCGAGGGUCCCGCCAGCCGAACCUCCAGCACCGGAUUCACCGGCCAAAGUUCAUCCCACGAAAUCUACGGCAUCUGAGCGACGCCAGCGUGCAUUGCAUUCCCAUCCCUCAGACCUUUCCCUACGGGCAUCUCGUAAUUCCAGCUCAGACGAUGCCGAGGUCGUGGUGCAACCGGUUCCUGUCCGUCCCAAAUCGAGGAAGUCUAUGGACUCGCGUGCAACGACGCCCAGGUCAACGAUCUACGACGCACAAGUUCCGACACCUGCGCCCACCACCCCGCUUCCCGAACUGCCUCCGGAAGCUCGAAGACCGCCAACACGCGAGAAUGCUGCUCAAAGGCCCACUCGCUCCCCUCGUGAGACUCCCGUGCCUACCGCAUCCUUCAGCAUCGGACCAUCUGAGCACACGGAGUUGGCAUCCUUCAUGGCAGAAAAGAACACGAUCGUAUUCCGGCGGUUUGACGACGUACAUGUUCGUCUCCUAUUGUGCUUACAGGAUGAGAUAUCCCAGCUCGAGAGCGAACUAUUGAAGUUGGAAGCUUCAGCAGCGGUAGAAGAUGCAACUGAGAAGACGGGGCAGAAGACAAGGGUCAUGCGAGACCUAAGGAAGCUGGUGUCUGAAUACGACCAAAUGUUGUCGACGUGGAACACAAUGCAAGCCAACAAGGCGAGUGAGACGACGACCAAGGAACUCAAGCAGUGGCUCCAAAGGCCAGGCACCAGUUCCGGCGCCGGGCUAGGCAUUUCAGUACAACAGGACCUAUUGUGGCUGGAAAACAGCCGGGACCUUAGCAGCAUUGCGCUCAAUGAGAAGGGAACCCCGGUACAACAGCAGAAUGAGACGUCUCGAGGAGGAACAGACAUAGACCCGGACAUGAGUCGCAGUAAGACUGCUGACACAGGCGGUAACGGAGGAUGGAAGGCAUUCUUCAACUGUGCCGGGAAAAGAAAGUGAAGGAAUAUCACGAACUUGCGCAAGCACUUUGAAGCGUUGGAUUUACCAACGGGGUAUAGGGUGGCCACUGUCUUGCGACUCAGCUUUAUUCGUAUGACGGUUCAGGCGUCUGAUAAAACUCGGUAUGGCGGCCUGAGUGUGAAGGUGACGGGUGUAGAUGGAUGAGCGGCUGAGCGGCUGACAAAGGUGCACAUACGGGUGAUUUUACGUACAGCACUAGUAUCUAAUGAACACGAUAUGACAACUAGGGCCGGCGGUCUACUCUUGAGCAGACAAGCGCAUAUCUGUCUGCUUCGGUCUCUUAUUCUGGUCAUCAAAAUUUGUACAAUUAUUCUUGAUGGUGGUACAGCAGAACAAACUGCCGGACGGUGGCUGAUUUGCGUUGUACAGUAGGUUGUACCUGCAUUGCAUCACGGUGGAAAUUAUAGCGCCGAUUUUCCCCCGGAUUUCGGGGCACGCUAGCUUCGCUAACAGCCGCGCGGAUCACGUGUGCAGAGUUUUC